AUGGUGGUGGGCCAGGAGCGAGGCCCAUUGGUUCCGGUUCGUCCCACCAACCGGGACCAAAAGGUCCAGACGAACCGGGACCAAUGGCCCACUCGCUGUGAGGACACUGAGCAGGCAGUGCGUAUUGAGGCCCCACCAUCGCCAAACCACUUUCCACCUGUUUCGGCAUUGAUGCCAAGAGGAUUACUAAUUAAGUAUUUUCUGAGGGUUGAUGCUGGUGGACUCUUCCACACAUAUCCUCAUCGAGGUGGUCCGUUUAAGAGCUUACAAGAAGCUCAGGAUGCUAUAGACUCCUAUCACAUUAAUCUGUGUAAAUUCAAGUACUUGGGUGGGCUUUCCAAAGAGGACAGGUAUGUUUGGCAUACACUAUAUUGGCGUAAUGGCACAAGGAAGAACUCGAAAGAAGCUUUGGAUGUAAUGAUGAACUAUAACCCCACUCGGGAAGUAGUUAAAGCUUUACUGGACAAGCACAAUGAGGACCAUCUUUUGGAGGAUCUUGCAUAUGAAAUCAAGAAAGUUGUGAGUUACAAAGCUCACUUCCCAAGAAAAGGUUCUCAGCAUGAAUGCAGGUCCUUCUCACAUUUAAAUGUGCUUGUAGAAAGAGGACCUAAUGCCAUCGAAGAUCUUCUCUUCAUUGAAAUGACCUGCACAACAGAUGGUGAAUUUGAGGAAUACACGCUUAGUUGCAUUUGUGUGGUUUCAUCCGAAGAUGAUGGUGAGUGCUGUGAAUGCGGUGAUGAUGUGAAGCAUCCCACUGGUGCGGAGUACAAAAAGUGUGAAGCCAAGCCCCAUGUUCGGUGCAGGAAGCCUAUAUCAGAAGAAGAAUUUAAUGAGUUUAUUGUUGUGCGCGAUGAAGAUUGGCUGGAGACGGAAGAGGCUGCGGUGAGGUGGCAAUUCAGGAUGCGCAACGCAGCAGAUGGCCAUGGAGCGAGGGGCAAAUACAUCGUACCGGCAAAACGUGUGCAGGCAUAG